AUGUUCGCUGCUAUUGCUUCUGGAAAUCCUUUGCAACCAUCAACUGAAGUCCCCAAUACAAAUGGACUACAACACACCAUCUUGCUUUCUGAAACAAAGGCCAAAAGUUACUCUCAUAUUUCUUUAUUCAUUUUACCUGGAGUAACUUUUCCUCCUGAAUAUUUGGCUACUGUAUACUUUAAACUGAGCCCGGAUGAGGAAUUCAAGUUAUUUGGACAACUAGGGGCAGAGAAACCGAGUGCAAUAUUUAAGGUUAAACUGCCGAAUCCAAGUCUUAACAAUCGCUCCACAACUAGUGAAGGUUUAGGUGAAAUUGAUAUGGAUAAUGAGGAGGGGGUCGCAGCUUCACCACAUAAUAUAUCUGAAUUGAUAAUAGGGAUAUCUAUUGAACCGCGUGAAAUGGCUCUGGCAAAACUCGCACAAUGGAAGGCUGAACAAAGUCAAACUGUUAAUAAUAACGCUUUGGUUGUUAGAAAAAGUGCCACAGGCUCAAUAUCUACUCCCGGUGAGCUGGCUCGGGCUUAUCCUUCCUUGACUCAGCAAUUGGCAAGUAAAAUUGUCCAACAUGCAUACAAUUACUUGACAGGAUUUGUGGACUCUAGCAAUAGUGUUCCAAUUAAAAAGUUUGAAAAUUGGUGGGAUAAAUUCAAUAAAAGGUUGGAAAAUGACGCUACAUUCUUAGAUGAAAUCUCAAGCGAGUAG